AAAGUGUGAGCGUUCAUCCAAAAAGUGCUUUUUAGCGCUAGAUCCGAGUAUUAUUUUAACUGUGUUGACACGGGAGUUAUUACGGUCUCAGUUAAAGGCAGCAUUCCCAGACAAGGAAGUGACAAUGUUACAGCAGUGACUCAACGCAGCGCCGAUCUGAUCGUUCAGUACUACGGCUAGUUUUUCAAAUUUGACCUGCAGGGUAUGACGCCUACAGUAUCGCACGGUCAACUAACGGUAGGUUGGUAGCUGUGGAUAAAGCGGCUGGAGACUCGAUAAAAGAUGAUCAGGCCUGGCAGUAUUUUGAAGUUAGCAACACUUACCCUCGUCUUCUUCCUAGCUGUCUUUCUGGCUUUUCAGCUGCUAGAGAUCAACAUGGAUUUUAUACUUGGCAAUGCGUCUUCCAAAUUUAAGCGAAUGAAUGAAGACUCAGCAAAGUCAGACGGGUACAAAUGUGGGCUGUCCAAAGAAUGUCCACCUGAACACUUUGCCUUCAAGAUAGCGAGUGGAGCAGCCACUGUGGUGGGGCCCAGAAUCUGCCUGGAGGACCAAGUACUAAUGAGUGGUGUGAAAAACAACGUAGGAAGAGGAAUCAACAUUGCCCUGGUUAAUGGGAAAACAGGGGCAGUUAUCAAUACAGCAUCUUUUGACAUGUGGGGAGGAGAAGUGGCUCCCUUCCUUAAGUUCCUAAAGGAAAUUGAAGAUGGAACAAUUGUGAUGAUGGCCUCAUUUGAUGAUGCUGCAACAAAAAUGAACGAUGAAACCAGGAAGCUAAUUGGCGAGCUGGGCAGCACGUCUGUGGGUAAUUUGGGCUUCCGAGAUAACUGGGUCUUUGUAGGAGGGAAAGGCAUCAAGACCAAGAGUCCAUUUGAGCAGCUUAUAAAGAACAGUGCCGACACCAACAAAUUUGAGGGCUGGCCUGAGGUGUUAGAGAUGGAAGGCUGCAUACCCCAGAGGAAAGACUGAUCUGAGUUCUCACUAUAAUUGUCAACCACCGAUGUCUUAUCUCACCUUUGUCCUGCUGGGUGUCCUGUCCACAUGGGGCUUUUUACUGUCUACACUUUUCUGGGCUGAGAGAGAUCAUUCUACUCCUUCCACCUUGAAGCCUUCCAUUCAGAUUUGCCUACCAGAACACAUUGUCCAGGAGAUGUCAGUAAGAGAGCAGGAAAGUGAAGCUCAGAUCUUCUCACACUUUUUCUUUGGAUAUCAUUUAGUGCUGCACGAUAUAUUGUUUUGUGACCAUGAUUUAGAUCCCUGUGUGAUCGCAACAAACCCA